AUGUGGAGGGGGAGAGCCGUGGGCACCUGGGUGCUCCUCGCCAGCCUGGCCGUGGCCAGCUGGGGUGUCCGAGGACAGAAGGUAAUUGUGAAAGAGAUCAGUGGGAAGGUGUUCCUGGAGUGUGAAACAAAGAAAGGGAGUGAAAUCACAUGGCUGAAAGAUCAGGAGAAGAAGGGGAAUGAAACCCUGCUGGAGUUGGGGACGGCUCACAGCGACCCCAGAGGCAGAUAUGCCUGCGAAGCAAACGGCAAGAGAAGCCUCUACCUGCAACUGCACUACCGAAUGUGCCAGAACUGCAUCGAGGUGGACGCUGCUACCAUCUCUGGGAUCGUGGUGGCAGAUGUUGUGGCCACCCUCUUCCUGGCAGUCGCUGUGUAUUGCAUCUCUGGCCAGGACAGGAGGCUUGUGUCUCGAGCUUCUGACAGGCAGAACCUGAUUGCCAACGAGCAGCUGUACCAGCCCCUUGGUGAGCGAGCUGAGGGACAGUACAGCCAGCUGGCAUCUGCCAAGGCACGCAGGUGA